UGAAGUGACCCCCCACCUGGGCUUUGGGGAGAUAACGUUCCAGGACACAUUGGUGAGAUCGUCUACCUGGGGAAGUCAGGAUGGAUUCCUGAUAGCAUCUGCAGCUUGGUGACUGAAAGGGAGUUGGAAAUAUAUAAGUCUCAACAAAUGAAUUCCACACUUGACUUCUGCUGCAUUCCUGUGCCACCUCCACCAUUAGAAAACUGAUCUGAGAACAGAGGCGUUACCUGACACUCAGGUCAUGAAUUAUGCAGCAACUUUACACCGGAAAAAAUCCCUGGUACCAGCCCUCUAUAAAGUAAUUCAAGAGUCAAAUAAUGAGCUGCUGGAGCCUGUCUGCCACCAGCUCUUUGAGCUCUAUCGUAGUUCUGAAGUUCGACUAAAGAGGUUCACGCUGCAGUUUUUGCCAGAAUUGGUAUGGGUUUAUUUACGCCUCACAGUUAGCCGCGACAGACAGAGCAAUGGUUGCAUUGAAGCCCUUCUGUUGGGAAUUUACAAUUUGGAAAUAGCUGAUAAAGAUGGCAACAACAAAGUUCUAUCCUUCACUAUCCCUUCCUUAUCCAAGCCUUCAAUAUACCAUGAGCCCUCAACAAUCGGAUCUAUGGCUUUGACAGAAGGAGCCUUGUGUCAGCAUGAUCUCAUCAGGGUUGUUUAUAGUGACCUUCAUCCUCAGAGGGAAACUUUCACUGCCCAAAACCGGUUUGAAGUCCUGAGUUUCCUCAUGCUGUGCUAUAAUUCAGCGAUUGUAUAUAUGCCUGCUUCCUCCUACCAGUCUCUUUGUCGAAUGGGUUCCAGGGUUUGCGUGAGUGGGUUUCCACGGCAACAUGAGAAGCAGUGGAAAGAGCUUUGUGGUCGAAUAGUGUUGGAUCCUGAGUUUAUGGUGCAGCUUCUCACAGGAGUUUAUUAUGCCAUGUACAAUGGACAGUGGGAGCUUGGCCAGGAAGUCCUUGAAGACAUCAUCUAUAGAGCUCAGCUGGAACUCUUUUCUCAACCAUUAUUGGUUGCCAAUGCCAUGAAAAACUCAUUACCAUUUGAUGCUCCCGAUUCUUCACAAGAAGGCCAGAAAGUUCUGAAAGUGGAAGUCACUCCCACAGUGCCAAGGAUUUCUCGAACUGCGAUCACAACAGCUUCAAUCCGUCGGCAUAGAUGGAGGAGAGAAGAUGGCUUUGACUUCUCAAACGAGGCUGACUCGAGUAUUCCUGGCUCCCCGAUCCAACACGGCUCCACUGACCUAGGGAUCAAACGUGUGCGAGAGGGGGAGGUGCUGGUGCGCAGGACCCCUGGGCACGGCUCACCGGAGCCCAACUCAGCAGCAGCCACAACAGAGGGUGCUGAGGGUAUGAAUGGAGAAGAGUCUGCUAACCUGAAUGAUGCAGAUGAAGGGUUUUCUUCAGGAGCUUCCCUCAGCAGUCAGCCAGUUGGGACCAAACCAACAUCUUCUCAGAGGGGAAGCUUAAGGAAAGCAGCCACUGGGCGGUCAGCUAAGGAGAAAGAAACAGCCUCUGCCAGCAAACCCAGCGAGAGCCCUCGAGAUUCUUUAGUUCGAACGCAGUAUGUACAGCAACCGGCUGAUCUUAGUGUAGAUUCAGUUGAACUUACACCGAUGAAGAAACACCUGAGCCUUCCUGCUGGCCAGGUGGUGCCAAAAGCCAAUAGUCUAAUCCGGACAGCUAGUGCUUCCUCGAGUAAAUCAUUUGACUAUGUAAAUGGGAGUCAAGCCAGUACCGGCAUUGGGGUUGGCACUGAGGGUGUUACUAAUCUAGCAGCUAACAAUGUUAAUCGAUAUUCAACCAUCAGUCUACAAGAAGACCGUCUAGGUCAAGCUGGAGACAGCAAAGAGCUCCUGAGCCCAGGAGCCCCCUUAACUAAGCAGUCUCGAUCCCCCAGUUUCAAUAUGCAGCUGGUGUCCCAGGUGUAGUGUUGAAGUCCUCUCUCAUCUCUGUUUACCUUUUAAAGCGGACAUUUCAUUGCACAAGGAAAUACUUCAUCCCAUGUUGUGAAAAUAUCAGCCAUCGCAAGCAGACUUGGUUUAGUUUAGGUAUCUUCAUACUGUAUUUUGUAUGGAAACAGCAAUAAGGUUUUCUUUUUCCUCCUUCCUCUAUCUCCUCUGGACCUGUUGUAAAUGUGCUUGUGAGGCAGCAUAAAAUGUUUGCAUUUCCCCUACCUUCCUUUCUCCUUGGGUGACGUGCAAUCCAUCAUAGGCUGAUCAGUCCCAUUUCAACACUGUGAGACUGAAGACAUGUCAGAGGAAACGGUGUAUAUGAUCCCUAUCAGAUGAUUUUUUUGGCUUUCUUUAAAAAACAAAAACAACAACAACAAAAACGGGUUUGUUCUCAUAAUCUAUAAAACUAUGAAGAUUACUGGAAUUUUUUUUUCCCUUUUUCCCCUCUUGUAACCAGGAGUGCCUCAGAGAUUCUGCUAUGACUUUGGACUUCUCUGAGUCUGUGCAAUCAUUUUCUUGUCAAGCAUGGGGAAAGUUGGCAGACUGCAGCACUUUUUCAUGAAAUCGAGGGUGGCUCUAUUUUCCCCUAUCUCCUUUCACUUGAGGACAUAAGUGUUCAAUUACUGAGGCAUUUAUACCAAGUUGUGGCCAACUCCACUGGAGGGCAGUGCCCUAAACUGAUUGUGUAACUAAUAAUGCUGCACUUUCUCAGUGCCCUAAACUGAUCGUGUAAUUAAUGAUGAUGCACUUUCUCAGCGGCGCUAUAGUCAUUCUUAAUAUGUCUUCCCUCCUCCCUGCAAGGAUAAGGGCAUUUCUGUCCUUUAACACUGAACAACCAACAAAUCAGAGAAUCCAAGGGGCAUGUUCUAUUUCCCAGGAAUGAGUGACACUUUGGUGCUGGGGUUCAGGGGACGGGGUGGGAAUGGGUCAGUUUUUGUUUGGCUGGUGUACAACUAUGUGUGUGAGAAGUUUCGAUUGCUAUAUUUGCUUUUCCUUUGUGAGUUGAUGAUGACUGAAGUAGAUCCAAGUACGUCUUCAGGUAAAGAGAGGGAUUUCUCAACUUACUUGCUGUGAUGUCAGACUAUUGGAGAAACCCUUUCAGCUGCUGCUUUCUAGAUGUACCCAAAUUCAGUCAGAUAUUUUGGAUUAAGAAACCUGAAGUUCUAAUAGAUCAUAUACUCCAAGGAAACACAUCAGGGACAGAUAAUUGGCUGAAAACACUGAUGCUUCAACGUGACUCAUUUUUAUAGAACAUUUCUAUCGGGGUACUGACUUGAUUUCUCCUGCAAGGACCACACUGCCUUUGUGUUUAUUGUAAUGCAACUUAUGUAUGUUCUAAUCACUAUGUCUGCAGAAGUUUUUCAUCUUUAUAAAAGUUGGAAAUCAUGCCAGUAAGCUAGAUGUUGAAUGUAUGUAAGUAGCAUUUGGUAACUGUGCUAGGAGGCUACAAAAAUGCAUUAUGGGUUUAAAAUAUUUUAGUUCUGAUAAAGUUGGAUGAAAUUUCAUUAUAUCCUCUUCUGGGUGUCAAGCUGUUAUGCUUGAUUGAAAUAGAAGACAAAAUACUGAUUAUUGAAAAUCAGUGUAUUGUGACUUAAACUGCGAUAUGUUAUCCUGCCACAAAAUGUCAGAGCUAUUGCUUUGUACAUUAAUAUUUUAAUUUUAUUAUUGUGACAGAAAAAUAUAUUGACUUUAUAGAAAGCAAGUAUUCUCCUAAUUAAGAGUUUAAAAUUUUAUCUCUAACAAAAUUACAAUAGAUUUUGAUAAAUAAAAUAACCAGAAAAAUGCCUCUUGUUUUUUUCACACCUGGAAAUCUCCCCCACUCCUUUUUUAUUAUAAGAGUUUCCCUUUUUAUGCUGUUUUUUUUCUUUUUAAAGACCUUUCUGUUAGGACCUUUAUAUAUAAGAACAGUGAAUGAGAUUAUUUGAACUUGGUGAUCUGUGAUAUUCAGGUCAUACAGAAAUGGGAAACUCAAACCUUAACUAAUAUCUACAACAUUGCCAAAGUCUGGGGUUAAGAUAAAAGGUGACAGAGAAUUUUAUUGAUUUGUGUGUGUGUGUAUAUAUGUAUAUGUAUGUGUAUGUUUGUAAGUAUAUGUAUGUGAUGUGUAUAUGAAUAUCUCAAAAAGACAUGCUUUAGAUAUCCUUUUUGUUUGUUUUUUAAACUAGAGCAUGAAUGCAUUCUGGUUAUUGGUGGUGCUGGAGAUUGAACAUGGGGCAACUCGAUGCAAGUCCUCUAAGCUACCACUGCACUGUAUCCUUCGUCCUCCCUUCUUUUAAUUUAACAGAUACCAUAUAAAUAAAAAAGAACUAAAAAGUGA